GCCAUCGCCAUCCUGGCCCUGUGACCCCGGCCUCUGAAGCACCAAGAGGCCUCACGAUACUUGAAGCUUGGGAAGCAAAAUGCAUUGCUAUUUUAUCUAACUGAAUCGUCUGGCUAAUAACAGAAUCUCCCAAUUGCACCCGUCAGCUCCUCAGUACGUGCAUCUUCCGCAGUAGGAACACUUUUCCGAGCACGCCGUGUAGUCGCCGUCGCCUUCGCCCCAUGCCAGAUUGCCGUCGUCGCUGUCAUCGUUGCUGUCUGAAUCUCCCUCAAUGCUGCUGUCCUCGUCGUUUACCGCCUCGCUUGCGGCAUCCGCAGCCAGCCACGCUUUCCACGUGGCCAUCAUAUCGGCCGAGAACACCGGAGACACCCCGGCGCACUGCUUGCGAACUUCGAGCGUCGUGAGCGCCUGGCGGCUGACUUCGAGCCUUCCGUCCUGGCUCGCCCGGGCUAGGCCGACGAUGCGGUGUAAGAGCGCCGCCAGCUGCGAGAGCUCUCGGUUCAUCGACGCCUCCCACGCCUUGACCUUGUCCGACACGUCAAUGACGUCGAUCUCGGUGAAGGUGCCUCGCUCGUGGUACGCCAGGAUGAAGUUGGGGAUCUGCGCCACCCACAGCCGGGGAAGCUCCUCUCCCAAGAAGUCUUUGUCUCGGCGGAGUAUGGACCGCGUCUUGAGGUCGAACACGGCUGUCUGUGGCACCGGGAAGCCGCCCGACAGCAGGUGCAGCUUGGACGAAUGAAUGGAAGUCUUGGAGGUUAUGCCACUGGCGUCCAGACCUUUGGCCAGCGCGUCAAUGGAAUCCUGCUCGUCGUCUGAGGAGGGAACUCUGUUUGACGACGGCCCAAGUUUGUCCUCGAGGUACCCGUCACCCUCGUGCCGGACGAUGCAGCCGAGACCAGCAAAGUCGUACCGAAGGACACGCUGAUGGGACGUCGACUGCCGGACGCUGGCGUCCCAGGUCGUGUAGGUCUCGGGGAACGUGUGGCCGAAUCCCUUGACGUUUGGGAUCGUCUCGGUCGGCGAGUUCUCCCGGCGGAUCAGGUGCACGACGCCGCCGACCACCUCGACGAGCAUGCGGAACGGUCGCUCAUUGCCGCGGACGAAGUGGAGAAGACUCCCGAUGGUGCUUCCGCACGCGACAACGUCCACCGGCUUCGUCAAAGGUUCCGGGUGCAUCGUCAGAACAGCCCUAGUGGCAGGCUCCAUCGGGUGAGCCGGGUAUCUGGCAGCGUUCUUGUCGCGAUAAUAGACGCCGCCGUCUUCCUUGAGUUCCUGGGGCUCAGCGAGCGGCGUCCAUCUGGGCGGCGCGCCUGAGUCGAGCGUUAGCAGGAUGAAGAACGAAGCCGGUCGACCAGCAAGAUCGGAUCACGUACCUGGGAUCAUGACCGUUGGCUGCUUUUUGUCCAGCCAGUUGUACGACGCAACGAGCUCGCAGUUGGUCACCUGGGCAGUAGAUCUGUAGCGCUUAGCCGGCUUGGCCAACUCGGCGACGUCGACCUUCUCAACCAAGAGCCCCAACGGCGGCCCCCGCUGCCGCCACCGAUGGUUGCGUUGGGCCAGGCUGUAUCCCACCUUUUGCUUUUGGUACAUUGCGUUGUUGCUGAAGGAUGAAGACUGAGGUAAGUAGGUGUUGUGAAAAAGAGACAAGACCACAACACAGGAGGGACUGCGCGUCGACGCGAGAGUCGUUGCUAUGUUUGUAUUCACCCUACCCUGUCUCUGUUUGCUCUGUGGGCGUCCAGCCAGCCACUCAGGAGCUCAGCCAGGUGAAGCUUUCAUGCAACCUUCAUGCUGGAGGCCAGCCUUACUGUGUAUUCACAGGCAAACAAAGUCUAACCUUGUCUUCCUCGGAGUGGGAUGAGGGGAGGUGAAGCUCGGCACGUGAUGGAAUACGCGCCGUCCCUCCCAUGAGGCAGCAUUUGGUCUGUCUGUCUGACUGUCUCUCACUUCCCACCUCCCACCUCCUACCUCUCUCCUUUUCACUUUUGACGUCAACCAUUGGCUUUUUGUCUGUCUGCCUAUUCUACUCAUCUCGAUAUAGCAGACCGGCCAGGCAGAACUCUUCCUUUUGCCAGUCCGCUCGGAAUACCAAGCUAUUUUCUCAACUCAUCAACUCCCAUCCCCUUCAACUCUAGACUCUACCGCCAGACAGAAACAACCCGGGUUGGGUGACCAGCUUCAUCUCAGUUGGUAGAACCGGAUAUCCUCUGAACCCAUCAACUACCAUUUCCAUCACCUGCACACCAACACCAUCACCUUGUACCAUCACCUUAUAUCAACAUCUCGGAGCGCACCAUGACGUCUUCCACCUCGGACCCUCGUCGUGCUGCUCGCCUGCUGAAGGUGUUUCGGGAUGUCACCAAAGGGGGCAAAGCAAUCAUCACAGCUGCAGAUGCCCGUCUGUUCCUCGAGGCCGUCCGGACGAACCCAUCGCCCGCUGCUUGCUUGGAAAUUAUUACGGCUAGCGAAAUUGCCAAGAACGCCAUCCGACACAGCAUCCGGAUCGACUUGUCGACCACCUUCGUUCGGUCCCACGUCAUCCCGUUCAUGGCGUACUUAAUCGAUCCAGCAGUGAAAAUGAUGUACGACGGCGAGCUCCUUCAUCAGCUGUUGCUUAUCAUCGCCCAGCCGCCCGUUCUCUGGGACAACCUUUUGCACGUCUAUCGGGACUCCCAGAUGGCCGAAGAAGAGCUCUACGUGUUUGCCUGGCUCUGUCUCGAACUAGCGAGCCUCUCCGAUAGCGAGCUCAACGGCAUUGUCGAUGACAUCUCCAUCGCUUUGGAGCAGUCGCCAUUGCAGAACGCUCGAGAUCACAGAACCCGCGAUCUUACGUACAAAAUCAAGAAAGUCCUCGAGCUCAGAUCGUCCACCGCUCCUGACACAGGCUUUGAAACAGCCGGUGGCCGUCAUGACAAUGACUUCGUCAACUUCCGGGACAUCUCCGUCUUUCCCACAAGCGACGAGUUCUACUCGAGCGCGCCGCCAUUCUACCGACGAGCAGCCGAAGUCGCUGGCAUUGGCUUCGCACAACGACCGCGGGUCCAUCUCGACAACCAGUUCCGCCUCCUCCGCGAGGACAUGCUUGGAGAGCUUCGAGAUGAACUGAAGGUGGCCACAGGGAGAAAGAAGAACAAGAAGACGGCCCAGAUCCUCACCGACUUGGCGUUCACGGGCAUCGAUACCGGCGAUGAGAAACGAGGCCACUUCUGUGCCGUGCUUGUUGCGUGUAAGCAGGGAUUGGAAGCCCUGACGAGAGUGACACCACUCAGGCGCCAGGCCUUUUUGAAUGAUUGCAGGAGCUUCCUUCGUCACCAGUCGUUCGGUGCCUUGUGUCGAGACGACAACAUCGUCGCCUUUGUCUUUUUACUCCGCGAUGUCGACGAGCUGCGCAAGGAGCCGCCCGUACUCUCCCUGCAAUUUACCAGCAGCGAUGCCACUGGCAGAGCUCUGCUGGCUCUUCGUGCGCCCAAGGAUCUCAAGUUCAUUCUUGUCGAUACUCCGGUCUUUGCCUAUCAGCCUGUCCUAGAACGCCUGCAAGACAUGGUCGAGAUGCCUCUCGGAGGGGAACUGCUUCGGCUCGAUGCCGACGACGAGGACGACCAGUCACUCGAUUCGUUGCAACAUGGUACUCUCGUGCAGGUCCAGAUAGGACGGCUACGGCAGCUGCUGGAUGGCGAGUCGCGCAAGCUUGAUCUGGGUGACCGACGCCUUGAUCUCGACCAUUCUCAGAUCCGGGCUUUGCUACACACGUUAGAGAGCCCAGUGGCCCUCAUCCAAGGCCCUCCUGGAACUGGUAAGUCGUUUGUGGGCGCCCUGGCAGCCAAGGUGCUUCUGAUGGACCCCUCAACGCGCAUCCUGGUACUCAGCUAUACCAACCAUGCCCUCGACCAGUUCCUCGAGGAUCUCAUGAAAAUCGGCAUCCCGUCCAUUGAAAUGGUGCGGCUCGGCUCCAAGUCGACAGCAAAAACCGCCUUGUUGUCACUGGACGUGCAGCUGCGUGCGAGCAUCGACCGACGGAGUCCAGAGGCAUGGGAACUCAUCAACAACACAAAGGAAGAACUCACCAACAUCAGAGAAAAGAUCAACGAUGAAUGCAGCAGCCUCGUCCACGGAAGGGUAAGCUCGAUGGAGAUACUGAGCUUUCUCGAGUUCUCCGACGAGGACGCGGCGUUCUACGAGGCUUUUCUUCUACCCGAACAAGACGAGGGCUUCGCGCUGGCGGGCAAAGACAACAAAGCCAUGAAGCCCGACUACCUUCUCGAUCGGUGGAUUCAGGGCCUUGAUGCCGGCGAGCUGCAUCAAUUCGUCCAAGCUAGAAGCAAGAGCAUCUGGGAGAUGCCCGAAGAUGAGAGGCGCAAGCACGCCCAAGGCUGGGCCGAGUCUCUGCAGAAAGAACGAAUCGAAGCGGCUGAGGGCCUGAUCAAGCGUUUCAAUGAGGCCCAAGAGAAGGUGAAUACCCUGUACAAUGAGAGGAAGUGUGCGUUCAUCAAGAAGAAGAAACUCAUCGGAUGUACCACCACCGCGGCCGCCAAGUACAAGUCGCUCAUCAAGGCCGCCCAGCCGGACGUCGUCCUCGUCGAGGAGGCCGGUGAGAUCCUCGAGGCUCACGUGCUGACUGCGCUGCACAGCAUGACCAGCCAGCUAAUCUUGAUCGGAGACCACAAGCAACUCCGGCCCAAGAUCAAUAACUUCGCACUGAGUGUGGAGAAGGGGGAUGGGUUCGAUCUCAACCGCUCGCUCUUUGAACGUAUGAUUCUCCAGGGGCAUCGACAUGUCACGCUCCAGAAGCAACAUCGCAUGCACCCCCAAAUCUCGGACCUUGUCCGACAUAUGACGUACCCUGACUUGCUCGACGAUCCUAAGACUGAGGCACGCAAGGCGCCCAAGGGACUGCAGAGCCGAGUCAGCUUCAUCAACCACAGUCACCCGGAGGAGGCGGCCAGCGAGAUCGCCGAACGCCGCGACGGCGGCCUUCCCGCAAGCAAACGGAACCACUUCGAGGCGGGGAUGGUCCUGAAGCUGGUCAAGUACCUGGGGCAGCAGGGCUAUGGCACGGAGAAUCUCGUCGUCCUCACGCCGUAUCUGGGCCAGCUUCGACUGCUCCGGGACAUGCUGAGCCACGAGAACGACCCCUGGCUCAACGACCUGGACUCGUUCGAGCUCAUCCGUGCGGGGCUGAUGACGGUGGCGGCGGGCAAGGUGAAGUCUGGUUCGAGAGGGAUUCGGCUGUCGACCAUUGACAACUACCAGGGCGAAGAGAGCGAUAUCGUCAUUGUUUCACUGACACGAAGCAACAACAACGGCGACAUUGGCUUCAUGAAGGCGCCAGAACGCCUGAACGUGCUGUGUUCCCGAGCAAGAGAGUGCCUCAUCCUGAUAGGAAACAUGGAGACCUUCAUGGCGUCUUCGCAGGGCCAGGCGAUCUGGCUGCCAUUCUUCAGUCUGCUCAAGGAAAAGGAGUACCUGCAAGAUGGCGUUGCCAUUCGCUGCCAACAGCAUCCCGAGAAGACGGCUUUGCUAACCAAACCCGAAGACUUUGACAUAAAGUGUCCCGAGGGAGGCUGCGACGAGAUCUGCAACGCCUCCUUGUCAUGCGGCAAACACACGUGCCAGAUGAGAUGUCAUCGAAUUGCAGACCACCGCAAGGUCCCAUGCAUGGAGCGCAUUGGGAAGACGUGCGAUCGGGGCCACAACUUCACCGUCCGAUGCACCGACCAAGACGCCGCGUGCCGUGACUGUCGACUGGAAGACGAAGAUAUUCGUAGAAGACUGCAGCGAGAUCUCCAGAUGGAAAAGGAUCGCGAAGCGGCGCAGAAGCGCUACGCCAAGGAGCUCCAGGAGAUGCAGGACGAGCUCGACCACGAACGACGCCUGAUAAAGUACGCCCAAGAGGAGAGUGAGCACAAGGAAAUGCUUGAGAAGACCCGCGCGGAGCUCAACGACUUGAAAGCGACGAGGGAUCGAGCACAGAAGAUGCAGGCUGCCGAGCAGGCCCGAAAGUCAGAAAGUUCAGCAGCCAAAGUUCAACGAGGCGAUGCCCCGGAACCAUGGCAGCCACCGGCACCUGAUGAGAGUGCUCAAGCAGAAUGGAAUGCCAUGAAGAAGGAUGGCGCAAGCAGCGCUGCUCUGGACGGACUGAUGGGCAUGAUCGGCAUAGAGAGUGUCAAGAAGGAGUUCCUGUCCAUCAAGAACAAGGUCGACAUCGCGGUCCGGCAAGGCAUCUCACUGUCGACGGAGAGAUUUGGCUGUACGCUUUUGGGAAACCCGGGCACUGGCAAGACGACUGUAGCACGGAUCUACAGCAACUUUGUGACAUCGGUCGGUGUCAUCGCCGGCAGCUGCUUCAAGGAGACGUCUGGCUCGAAGCUUGCGGCGAUGGGAGUUUCGGGCUGCCAACAGAUGUUGGACGGCAUGCUCAACAACGGCGGUGGCGUCCUCUUCAUCGACGAGGCCUACCAACUCUCGUCCGGUAAUAGCCCCGGAGGGCGGGGGGUGCUUGACUUCCUGCUCGCCGAGGUGGAGAACCUCACGGGCAAGAUCAUCUUCCUUCUGGCCGGCUACAGCAAGCAGAUGGAGUCCUUCUUUGCCCACAAUCCGGGCUUCCCCAGCCGUUUCCCGACGGAGAUGAAGUUUGACGACUUUGAAGAUGACGAGCUCCUGCGGAUUCUCCAAUAUCAGAUUCAGAAGAAGUACAACGACCGCAUGAAGUGGGAGGAUGACCUCUACCUCCGCGUCGUCACCCGGAAACUCGGCCGGGGGCGAGGCAAAGUGGGAUUCGGCAACGCGAGAGCGGUCGAGAAUCUCCUCGCCAACAUCUCCAAGAGACAGGCCAACAGACUCCGAAAGGAGCCCCGUGCUGGAGCCAAGACCAAUGACCUGCUCUUCACCAAGGAGGACCUGGUCGGGCCGGAACCGUCAAGCGCCCUCUCCAGUUGCAAGGCCUGGAAGAAUAUUCAAUGUCUCGUCGGCCUCUCGUCGGUCAAAGAGUCGGUCAAAGCUCUGGUCGACAGCAUUCAGUCGAACUAUCUCCGUGAGCUCGCCGAGGAGCCCGUCAUCGAGUAUUCACUCAACAGGGUCUUCCUCGGGUCACCCGGGACUGGCAAGACCACCGUCGCGAAACUUUACGGCCAAAUACUGGUGGACAUUGGACUGCUGUCCAACGGAGAAGUGGUUGUCAAGAACCCGUCCGACUUCAUAGGUACGGUUCUGGGCGCCUCUGAGGCCCAGACCAAAGGCAUUCUCGCAGCGACAGAGGGCAAGGUUCUCGUCAUCGACGAAGCGUACGGCCUUUGCGGUGGCAGCAGCGGCGGCAGUGGAUCAGUCGGAAAAUUCUCCGACCCUUACAAGACUGCAGUGGUCGACACCAUUGUGGCCGAAGUCCAAGGCGUCCCGGGAGAAGACCGCUGCGUGCUGCUUCUCGGCUACAAGGACCAAAUGGAGGAAAUGUUCCAGAACGCGAACCCAGGCCUUAGCCGCCGAUUCCCCCUUUCCUCGGCCUUUACUUUCGAAGACUUUGACAGCUCCGAACUGGCAAAGAUCCUCAAUCUCAAGCUCGAUCAACAAGGCUUCUCGGCCACUGACCAGGCAAAGAGAGUUGCCUUGGAGAUGCUGGAACGGGCGCGCAACAGGCCGAACUUUGGCAACGCCGGCGAGGUGGACAUUCUCCUCAACGAAGCCAAGGCCCGCCACCAGCGCCGUCUCUCGUCCAAGGAGACGGACAAACUCUCGACCCUCGAGGCACUCGACUUGGACGAAAACUUUGACCGGGCGGAACGCACCGAUACUAACGUGGCCAAACUGUUCGAGGGCACCGUCGGCUGUGAGAAGAUCGUCGCCACGCUGGAAGGGUUCCAGGAGAGCGUACGGUCCAUGAAGUCUCUUGGGAUGGACCCCAAAGAGAACAUCCCCUUCAACUUUCUCUUCCGCGGCCCCCCCGGGACGGGCAAGACGUCCACGGCGAGGAAGAUGGGAAAGGUCUUUUACGACAUGGGGUUCCUGGCCACCGCCGAGGUCCUCGACCGUUCUGCGUCCGAUCUCGUUGGGCAAUACGUUGGGCAGACGGGUCCCAAGGUCCGGGAACUCCUCGACAAGGCUCUUGGUCGGGUGCUGUUCAUCGACGAGGCGUACCGCUUGGCCGAGGGUCACUUCGCCCAGGAAGCCGUUGACGAGCUCGUCGAUUCCGUCACCAAGGACAAGUACAAGGGCCGUAUGGUCAUCAUCCUGGCGGGCUACGACGACGACAUCAACCGGCUGAUCUCGGUCAACCCGGGCAUGUCCAGCCGCUUCCCCGAGGUUAUCGACUUCUACAGCCUCAGCGCCGAGGAUUGUUUCGACCUUCUGCUUCAGCUCCUCACGAAGCAGAAGCACAUGCUCGAGAGCAAGAAGCCGUUCAACCGCCUUGUGCUGAACUGCCUCGAGUACCCCACGACAGACUUCACGGACGAUGUCGUCAGCGACUUCCGCGCGCUCUCGGCGCAACCCAGCUGGGCCAGCGCCCGCGAUGUCGAGACUCUGGCCAAGUCCAUCUUCUCGGUGGCCAUGAAGUCCCGCCAGGGCACGUGUAUCACGGUCACGGAAGCCAUGGUCGAGGCGGAGCUCGACAAGAUGUUUGACGAGCGGGAGAUCCGCGGCAAGCAAGCCGAAACCACACGCAAGAGGGUCAGGUUGCAGGAUUUCUUCAUGGCACCUCCACCCGCUCAGACGCCGCACAAGAUCAGCUCGCAGUAUCAGGCAUCCACCAAGGAAGACGAGGCGAGUUGCACGCCGCCCGAAAGCCCGACCGCAGAGGUCGACGACUGCAAGCGCAAGUCAGUCCGGGACGCCGACGUCAGCGAUGAGGUCUGGGAGCAGCUGGAGAGGGACAAAAAGGCACAGGAGGAGAGAGACGCCAAGUACCGGGCCUUGCUCGAGACGAAGCGCAAGGCGGUCGGUGCCGCGCGCGAAGCCAUCCUCAUGGAACUGAUCGAGGAGGAAGAGCGGCUCAAGAAGGAAGAAGAGCAACGGAAGAAGGCCGCGAAAAUGGGAAGAUGCCCGAUGGGUUACGAUUGGAUCAAGCAGGCUCAGGGGUUUCGGUGUGCGGGGGGGUCGCAUUACAUCUCUGAUGAUGAGAUUGCCUCGUCUUAAAAGACGAGUGAAGUUGAUGGGGUUGCUUGUCUGUCUCUGAGGGGUCGAUACAUGUCUCUGUGUUCUGUUUGUAUCGUUAUAGAAGAUCUGCUAGGAGUUUAUACUGGUAUUUCUGAGCGCCCUUCCAGGUUUGAAGUCUCUGCUUCAUUGACUCGACGGCCUGUAUUGAUCUCCGCUAGGGUCAACAGCAAUCGAUCAAUAUCGCAGCG